AUGUGACUGGCGGGGGUGGGGCUGCGCCGGCGGCUUCCCAGCCCGGCUGAAAGGGUCGCGUAGCCGGCCUCGUCGGCCCGUAAAGCUCCUAGCGGGCGGCCUGGCCCAAAUUCCCCUCGCCUAGCCGCUCAGGAGGAUUUCCCCCUAGCUCUCGUCAUUCCCCCGUGUUCGCUUUCCUUCCCUUCGCGAAGUUGGGCCCUUAAAUCCAGCGCCGCGGAGUCUGCGGCCGCCGAGAAACUACUGUCCGGAUUCUAGUGUCCGGGGAGUAACCGGAAGCUCUGUCUCCAGGCCGAGGGGCGGUGCCGGCGGCUGCUUGGGAGAGGGAAGAAUUUAUUGUUGUGAAUGGUUCUGGACUAGAGACCUUUUACAGCCAACCAAAAGAAAGACAGUGUGGAACCUUUUUUGUUGUGCUGGCCGGUUCAGGGAUCGGAACCCUUGACCUCAGUGUUACAGCACCGAGGAAUGCUAUCUUACUUGAGAAACUAAAUUCUCAGGACCAGGAAGUGAACAUUUUCUUCCAUACAGAUUUCUUGGAUUGGAAAAACCAAGUGUAUAUGAUGCUGGAAACUUGUAGAGGCGAAGUGCUCAUGACUGAAAGGCCUGAAACAGAUGUAUCUUCCAAGUUUGGAUCAAGAGAAUGACUAUGAAGGCAAUGAUGGGUCAAGAAGGCCAGUGGAAAACUCCCUAGUUGAGAGCCAUAGAAAAUGUACAUUUCAGAAGAGAGAUGUAAUCAGAGAACUCAAAAAAGGAAAAUACAACAUGUAUGCCCUCAGAAGGGUAAAAAGAUUUUUAUUCAUGUGCAUGAGAUUCCUCAUUUAGAUGAUCAGAUAUACCAGUGCCUUGAACGUGAGCAAAACCUCUGUGAAAACUUAGCUCUUAUUAUGUGUGAGAGAACCCAUACUGGGGAGAAACAUUAUAGAUGUGAUAUGUGUGAGAAAACCUUCAUCCAAAGCUCAGAUCUUAUUUCACACCAGAGGAUCCACAAUUAUGAAAAACCUUAUAAGUGCAGCAAAUGUGAGAAGAGUUUUUGGCACCACUUAGCCCUUUCAGGACACCAGAGAACACAUGCAGGUAAAAAAUUCUAUACAUGUGACAUUUGUGACAAGAAUUUUGGUCAGAGCUCUGACCUGCUUGUCCACCAGCGAAGCCAUACAGGUGAGAAACCGUAUCUAUGUAGUGAGUGUGAUAAAUGCUUCAGUCGAAGUACAAACCUCAUAAGGCACCGAAGAACUCACACAGGUGAGAAACCCUUUAAGUGUCUGGAGUGUGAAAAAGCCUUUAGUGGGAAAUCAGAUCUUAUUAGCCACCAGAGAACUCAUACUGGUGAAAGGCCCUACAAAUGUAAUAAGUGUGAGAAAAGUUACCGACACCGUUCAGCCUUCAUUGUACAUAAAAGAGUUCAUACAGGAGAGAAGCCCUAUAAGUGUGGUGCCUGUGAGAAAUGCUUUGGCCAGAAAUCAGACCUUAUUGUGCACCAGAGAGUCCACACAGGUGAGAAGCCGUAUAAAUGCUUGGAAUGUAUGAGAAGUUUUACUCGGAGUGCUAACCUUAUUAGGCACCAGGCAACUCAUACUCAUACUUUUAAAUGCCUUGAAUAUGAGAAAAGUUUCAGCUGUAGCUCUGACCUUAUUGUGCAUCAGAGAAUUCAUAUGGAGGAGAAACCACAUCAGUGGUCUACGUGUGAGAGUGGCUUUCUCCUAGGUAUGGACUUUGUUGCCCAGCAGAAAAUGAGAACUCAAACAGAGGAGCUACAUUAUAAAUACAGCGUAUGUGAUAAAAGCUUCCACCAGAGCUCAGCCCUUCUUCAACAUCAGACAGUACACAUUGGUGAAAAACCAUAUAUCUGUAGUGUGGGUGAGAAAGGUCUUGAGCUCAGCCCUCCCCAUGCAUCGGAAGCCUCACAGAUGUCUUGACCAGACAAGAAGUUAUAAUACCAUGGAAAAAAACAAUGUAUUUACAUGUUAGAGAACUCAUUAAGAUGAGGAAACUUAGGCAAAUCUCAGACUUUCCUUAGAGCUCAGACUUCAGUGGAGACCAGAGAGCCUGCGAUUGUAGGAAAUGUGAGAAAUGUUUUACCCAGAGAGCUACCUAACAAAAUUAUCAGUCACUCCAGUGAGAAACUACAAAUGCCCUGAGUUUGGGGAAACCUUUAGUCUAAGCUCAAGUUUGAUCAUUCACAAGAGGAUUCAUACAGGUGGGAAACCUUAAGAUGCAGUGUGUGUGAGAGAGCUUUCUAGCAAUGCUCAACCCUCCUCAUUUCAAGAGAAUUCACACUGGAGAACAAGCAUUUUUAAAUGCCUUCAGUGUCAACAGUGCUUCUGACAGUGUGCACAUCUCAUUGGACAUCAGAAAACCCACCCUGGGGAGAAUCCCCAGCAAGUGUGAAAAAAGCUUCUAACAGAACUUUGACUUUCUUACCCAUCAGAGAAGUCAUACUGGUGAAAAAUUGUAUAUUUGUCUUUAGUGUGGCAAAAGCAUUAGUUGGAGAGCCUUACUUGGGUUUGCUCCCCCCCCCCAAAAAAAAAAAAUUAGAGGAAAGACCUUACUGGUGUCUGGAUUAGAAAAACUUGUCAGUGAUCAGCUCUUGUGGUACAUCAGGGAACUCACAUAAAUGAAAAAACCCAUAAAUACCAUGAGUCUGAAAAACAGCUUUGCUAGAAGCUCCAAUCUUAUUGGGCCCCAAAGAAUCCAUUCUACAGAGAAAUAUGCUCCAGUGAAAGCUCUUAAUUGUGGGUGAGAACCUGUGUACAUAUAAUAUGUAUGAGAAGAAUUGUUCUCAUAGUUAGUUGACCCAUGUGAUAGAGAUGACUUUUAAUGGAGUCAGUAUGGAAAUAGUUUUUUAGAUACCCACAAGUGUGUUCUGGGAGGAGCUAGGGCAGGUCAGAGUAGCCCUGACGGGUAACUCAGGUAAAGAUGCUUUUCUUUUAUCUGAACCACUUAAUGAUUACUUUCACUUUUUUAAAUUCAGAAAUCAAAUAAAGGAAAGGACUGUUA